UUUAAAGUUAUUAUUAUUAAUAGCAGCCCCGUUGGGCUUAUUACAGCUUAUACCCUAUCCUACGCUAGUAUUGAUUUUAUUAUACUUAAAAGCCGGCUAAGUAUUAUCCUUAACGCUGGUUUUAACCUAGUUAUAAACCCUAUAGGCUUGCGUAUCUUAGGCCAGCUUAGACUUCUCCCUGCCUUUAAUACCGUUAGUUUACCGUUAGCUUAA